GCACUGAUUGCAGCAUAACGGGUUUUCAGUCAACAAAUAUUCUCAUAUCUUCAUUUUUCAAUUAGCAUGGCUCUUGUUCUUGCAGCAUAUGCAAGCACAGCGGGGCGUCUAUUAAAAUGCAACUCAAGUGAUGAACCUAAUUAGAGAAAAUUAGAUGGCUUUUUGGUGUGUGCUCUCUGUUCCUUUGCUCAUGCAAAUAAUCCAAGCAUCUCACUUUUUAUCAUUCACAUACACACAGUGGCCAAAAGAGAUGGCUCUCAAUUCUGCUGAUAAACUCGUCUUUGAUGCCAAUUGGUGUUCUCUGGCUUCCGCAGUGUUACUAAAACAUAAUCAAGUCUCUUGAUGGUUCGUCCCGACUGCUCAAUAAUGCAUUUGAAAAGGGAAUUAGAGGCAGAAUACACCAUUUCCUUCCAUUUAGAGCUACUUUGCUUUUGCCUUUGGCUUCAUCAUCACUUCGCUGUAGGAAAUCACUCAAACUAAUAAAACGCAGCUGACGUGAUGUUCGGAUAGGAAUGGAUGUGAAGUAUUCCUUUUUCCCCCAACAUCAUUGGAACAUUAGAGAAGCGCUCACAGUACCAGCGGGCAGUGGGCCAAAUGGACCCUUUCGCAACGCAAAGGAUAAUUUUUCCUAGAGGCUCGCUUCUGACGAAGAAAGCAAACUGCUCCCACACCCAGGACGAGAAUACAAUGUUUACACCCUGACUCCACGUAGGAACUGUACUUUUUAAAAAUUUUUAUUAUAAUUUUUUUGUAGACAUUAAGUCACUUUGACCUCCAGUUGUGAGUAGCUGCAUUUAUAUUUCUUGAGAAAAUCAGGUUUGUCAGACCUGGUGCGUUUUUUUUAAUGUGAUGCAAUGGAGCAGAUGGCAGCUGAAACCACUCUGAAAGCUGCAAUGAAAGACAAAGGAGUAGCGAACAUGAAGGAGGACAACCCUGCGUGGGCUAGAGAAGAAAGAUUCCAAAAUGUGAAUGCCUCUGCAGAAGACAAACACGGGGAAACCAGUGGAGAUCCUAAGCUGCGAGGUGAUAACCUUUUCCCUCUAAACGAGAGCCAAAGGAAAUCUUUGUCUCCUUCAUCUGGCACAACAAAUGAUCUGACUUCCCCUCCUAAGAGCAGCAUGGGAGUUGACUGUGCUGACAUUGUCCUGAACUGCCUCUUCUGCCGGUUCCACGACAUGAUCCCCAUCCUGCCUGAUUGCUGCCAGGGACUCACCAAUCAUUGUUGGCCAAGCUACAGGCAUGUCGACCACACUGGAGAGUCUUUGCACAGUGACGACGAUGACUCUUGUGUGGAACUAGAUUGUGGUUUGUUUGGGAACUGCCACGAUGCGAGCGACUGUCUGGAACUGGCUAUGGAGGUUUCUGAAAUAUGCUACCAUUAGGGGGAACCCUGAAGUCUGUGAGAAAGAGCAACGUCUCAGGACUAAAAGGAUCAGGGAAUAAUAAGGGGAAGUUUGAUGUUUACAUAGAUCUAUGUAUGUGUGCUCAG